AUGGAAACUGUCGCCUAUGAUUCUUCUGAGAAGCUGCAGAAGCCUCGCGUCUCCCGUCAUGGAAAGCGCAUGCACUUGAGCUAUGACUGCCCACACCGAUUGAACGUUUCAAAGAUCUACCCUGUACAGAGCCCGCGAAGCGCCGACAUCAUCAUCUCCGGGCAUGACGAUGGUCUUCACAUUCUCUGGAGAGGUGGCAGACCCCUUUCGAAUGCAUCACGUACUGUGACCGAGCGCGUAAAGGACUUCUCAAACACAAGAAUCCAACACACUGAGUGGAACCAACCCAUCUCGAUUCGCACAUCUCCAGUCACCGAAGACAUUCCCGACAAGGACAAGCCACGCUAUGACGCCCAAGACGAAGAGUUGGACGAAGACGAGCCAUAUCCAUCCUUUACACAAGAGCUGAAGCUGUCUUUCGGCAGUCCCGUUCUCCAUCUGGCCCUGCCAAACAUCCCACAAGCUUCUUCCUCUCUGCAAACAAAAGCCAAAGUCCCACUCAUAGUUAGGCAACGAAUCGUCCUGGCUGUCGCAUGUGCCGAUGCCUCGUUGCGCCUGAUCACACUCCCUCUCACACCCCCAUCAGCAUCUGCUAAGAGGAAUGGUCGCCUGGGUGCUCAGAUUUGCGAGCUUAGUCCAUCUGCGCCAUCCUUGGCUAUGGCGAGAGAUGUCGCUCUGACAUGGACGAGCAGCUCAAGUCUGUCUGCCAGCGAGGAUCAAAUGGACCUCGACAACCCGCAACCACAAGACACCGCAAAUGAUCAGAAGCUUGACCUGCUUGUCGCUACUUCCACCUCAGCUCACCUCGAAACUCUCACCUUCUACCGCAUUCCCAUCGCCUUCAAUGAUUUGACGGGUGGCAAAAUCCCAGCUACCGUUGCUCCUUUCCACGUCGUGCCGCUGUCAUCGUCUGCGCAGUGCCUCCGCUUCAGCACUGCUCAAUAUCCUUUACGCCAACACUCACGUCUCCUUAUUGCCGAUGUAAAAGGAACAUUGAAGAUCUAUGACCCCUUGGCACCAAAACACCGUCCUUCAUCUCGUGGUCCCGCUGACAGUACGUCUGUUGAAACUGGUACCUGGGUUUCGGCUUUCAAUACUGCAUUCCAAAUGCCCAAGGGAGCUACAAGCAACUAUCCUGGCCUUGCUCACAGGAGAAAGAUUGUAGACGUCGCUUGGGUUUCUGGAGCCAGAGCUGCCUUGGUCUUGUUAGAUCGUGGUGAAUGGGGUGUCUGGGAUAUUGAUGCCGUGACACAAAAGAAGAUGAAUACAUUCGCUAUACAAGGCUUCAUCGGUAGUCCCGAUGCUGCACCUGCUUCGGAACUCAAAUCUAGAUCUACACAGGGACUUGCACCAUCGACACCCAAUACUCGUCAGCAACGACAGGAAUCUCUCUUCGGCGCUCCAAAGCCUGCUGCGCCAGCAACAACCACAGCUAGAGGCGGUGUAUGCGCUGUUGCAACGGCUGGCAGCCAUGGCUCGGUCGAUGACUCGAUUGUUUUGUGGUAUGGUAGUGAAGCAUACCACAUCUCGAGCCUGGCAUCUCUUUGGCAGCGCAGCCUCAACAGCAGUGGCAAGGACAUCGGAUCCCUCUAUGGACCAGGCAUAUCUCACAUUGAAGGAUUGGACCUCUCUGGCGAGAUUCUGAAUGGCGUCGCCCAGAUUCCCAUCCGCUCCACUGCAAUUAAUCUUGGUCCCAUCUCCCAACGCGACUUUAUAGUCACUGGUGAGUAUCGUCUUGUCGUCAUUCAGUCAGUGCGACCACAAACACCCUCCAAGUCACUGUUUGCACAAGCAACAGCUGGAGUAAGCAAUGGACCCAGCAUAUUCGACCAACAAUUACUGGAACGCGGAGAACUGGAUCUUGGUGGUAUGGAUCGUCUACUCGACGGCAUGAGCAGCAAAACCAACGGAUUCGCAAACAAAAAACGAGUCGGAUUUGCCGGUUAG